AUGAGUGUCUCGGCAUCGUCACAAGAUAAUAUCAUUCGUCAGAUAAUGACAGCAAAACUGGAAGCAAAAAACAGCUGUACGUGGAAAAUGGCAAGAGACCCGCCAACCGAAGGUGUCCACUGUAACCGUACCUGGGAUGGUAUCCUGUGUUGGCCAGACACUCUCGCUAACUCCGUACAUAGGCUGCCUUGCCCGAUCUACCUUACCGACACUACGACAAGAGUAGACAUGUAUGCUUCCAAGAGCUGUGAGGCAGAUGGAAUAUGGUAUAGCGCUGAAAACAACGAAACAUGGACCAACUACACGAUGUGUAGAGCUGCAGAUGAAGAUAACAGCAUCUAUGAGAAGAUCUACCAGUCUCUUCAAAUUGUAUACAGUAUUGGAUACUCUCUCUCGUUAAUUUCACUCGUCGUUGCCAUGGGAAUAUUCCUUUACUUCAGGAAGCUAAGGUGUACACGUAACAUGAUCCACAUGCAUCUCUUCAUGUCGUUCAUUCUCCGUGCCAUCUUUGUCUUCAUCCGGGACAUCAUUCAGGCCCAGAACGAAGCCGGCUUGCUCAAAUCCGAACUCCAGGCCGAGCUCCGAGCCGAUUCCGGGAACGACUCGUUACCUGUAGAUAGAGGGAAUCCGGGAUGCAAGGUAGCCUUUACCCUGAUCCAGUACUUUCUGGUGGCAAAUUUUUACUGGCUGCUGGUAGAGGGCGUUUAUCUCCACUCAUUAAUCACACUGGCAGUAUUUUCAGAGAAGUCUAUCUACAGAUACAUCGCGCUUGGAUGGGGUUGCCCUGCAUUUGUGGUGGUCCCAUGGGCAAUAGUGCGAUCGUUCAAAGAGUCAUCGGGGUGUUGGUGGAACGAUGUCACGCGAGAUUCAAGUUACUGGAUAAUCAAGGCACCCGUCAUGAUAUCUGUUAUCGUGAAUUUCGUCCUGUUUCUCCACAUAUUGUGUGUCUUGGCCACUAAGCUGAGAGCGAGUAACGCAGCUGAGGCAAGAACGUACAGUAAAUUGGCCAAGUCGACGCUGAUUUUGAUUCCGCUGUUUGGAGUGUAUUACAUCAUCACUGUUGGGAUGCAUUUUUCGAACGAUACCACGAUGGUCUAUAUCAGAAUGUACUUCGAACUCAUUCUUUCACCAUUCCAGGGUUUUCUCUUAGCGAUCCUUUACUGUUUCAUGAACGGAGAAGUGAAAAACGAGGUCAAGCGAAAAUGGCGUCUCCAUCUUUUGAACAGAACUCUGAGCACCCAUAGAACAUUGCGAAGCUGUCAGUCACGCUCAUCGUGUUCGACACCGCCUCGGAAAGAUUCGAUGAAGAACCAUUCCGUGUUUGAAACCAGCAUCGGGCGCUCGACGAUCGGCGAACGAUUCUUCGCGCUGAAGAAACAAUUCUCGCGAGGCGAUUCGUCCAAUGGUCACGUGGGAAAUGGCUCCCUAGGCAACAGCAUCGCGAUACCUGACCCUACUGAGCCGAGACCGACGCCUGAUGGCGCUGCAGAUCGGAGCAACAUGUAUGAUCACCAUCCACCCGACUUCGAUGACCUCGAGAACGACGUCGAGGUGAAUGAGAAAACCAAGAUUGAUAUCAAGAUCGAGGAGGCUUCUGAUGACACUCCAAACAGUGAUCGCGAUGAGAGGAUCCUCUUAGAGGAUGGAACUGAAGAGAAAAGCGAUGUUUUUGAGGAUGAUGAGGAGGAAUGCGAUUGCGAUAUGGCUUGCAGUGAAGGCCACACCAAACACGAUGUCAAUGAUAGUGAUUCAAGACAAAUAUUCAGUAACAUUGAGACCGAAGUCUGAACUCAGCGUCUCUGAGGCCCGGACUCAACAUUGUACAAAAAUGAUUUGAACUUUCGUCAACGUUUCUCAUGACAAAAAAAAGAUCUUUCAUUACAUUUUACAAAAAUUAUGUACUAUAUUGACGUAAUGUUUCUUGAAUCGACGCUUAAUACCACGAUGCUUUUUUAACUUUUGCAAAUAUUUUGCUCCUUCUGAAGUAAAUCUGACACAAUUAAUGAUUGUUUCAGAACAGAGAGUUUUUCCGCUGUCCCAUUUUCUCCUUGAAAACGAGCUCUAGGCUGAUGUUAGGUGGAGUAGGGUGGAGCAGCAUCGUCAGUCACCGGAAGUGAGAUUUAAUGGCCUGAAUUCACGAAGGAGAUUUAAAUUCAACCCGUGGUUUGAAUCUUCAUUUACAUAACCCAUGGUCUAAAAUUAGCGAAUCUCAUCGCGUACACAUUCAGAGGUCCAAUAUUAGAAGUCUCAGACCAUUAGUUAUGUAAAUGAAGAUUGAAACCAUGGGUUAAAUUUAAACCUUCCUCGUGAAUUCGGGCAAUUCAUGAGUCUGGAAUACUUAAAUAACACAUAGAAUAACAGAAAUAGUGUACAUGUAUCCUCCAGCCCUAGACAUAUUAAAGCAGUUUCACCGAGAGCCGGUUAGUGUAAAACACUCUUUCAGAGCAGACUAGAUCGAGUAGAUAGAGUAUAGACGUCAAGCUUCAGAGGGCGCCCUGUCACCAUGUCACGCAUGGGAACAUAGUCAAGGAGGCGAGUGUCAUUUACUCUGGCUAUGAAAAUACCAGGGUAAAAUAUAUGAAAUCAAACUGACCGUAAUUUAUAUUCACAGUUUAGCAUUUAUUUUCCUUGGGAUAAGGUGUGAACUUUGAUUUGCGAGAAAUGUUGGUUUGCUUGCCACCUGUUUCGAGAGGGUUUACUUUCAAAGUUUUACAAUUGAAGUUGACUUCGUAGGUAGAUUACAAAUCCCAUAGUGUUUUGUAGUAAAAGUGAGGACAGCUUUUCCAGGGUGGUGGUGGUGGUGCAGCUCCAAGGAAAUACAAUAGGACAAUAAGGCUAACAAUUCAAGAGUUUAGGAAAAAAAUGUUGGUCAUUGAUGGUUGCUAUUAUAUCCAAUUUGAAUUCCUGGCAAGAAUAGGAAACAAAGUUCGAUUUAAGUGACAUAACUUAAAAACAUUCGUCUUUGUAAAAAAAUCUUGCUGUGUAUUAUUUUUUCAAUUUCCUCGAAGAUUUGUAGUAUACAUUUGAAUGACAGUCGUGUCGUUUUAGUGGUACUCUGUUUUUGUAGCUUUAGUAUAAAAAUGUGUACUGAAGAUAAAAUGUCAAUGUUUUAAGGGAAUUCCACACCAUUCAAGUGUCUUGAGCUUUUUUGUGAUUUUCGUUUAAUAUACGAAAACAAUGCAUGACCAUUUUCAUGCGUGUCGUGGCGGAGGAUGUGUCCAUACCAGGU